UCAAUCUCACCUUGUAAAACUCUGUAAAUCUCCGUCGAUGUAGCAUUGCUGAUCGCAGACUUGACCGAGAUCGCAACCCUAAUAAACCAUGGCAACCUGUCGAACUGCCACGACGUAGAUUAUUCCCAAGACGAUACGGAUCCAAGAGCGCCCAUCCCCAAGACUAGCUGAGAGAACAUGAGCGCCUUGAUGAGGAAUCUGCGCCCCGCGCUGUCCGGGCUACUCCGGCCCAAGCCUGCCGCCCGAAGGACUGUUCCGCCGCCGCCCACCGCCAGGCGCUACUACCACGCGCCGUCAACACGGCGAUCUCACAAGGCCCUGAAAUCGCCCGGCCGUGACUCUCUCGUCCGUCGACCACCGCCGUCGCCGCAGGCACCAGCGGUCCCACGCCCACGGUACUACUCCUCCAGGCGACCAAGAAGUUCUAACGAGGUGAAAGUCCAGAUAGUCAUCGCGGGGGUCGUCAUCGUCGGCGGUGUGGUGGUCACGAUCUGCUACGGCACCUUCGAGACCGUGCCCUACACAAACCGCCGCCACUUCGUCGUCCUCACGCACUCGGGAGAGCUUGAGCUCGGCGAGUCGCAGUUCAACAACGAGAAGAAGGAGCUGGGCGACAAGGUCCUCCCUCCCUCCCACCCCAACUUCGUCCGCGUCAACGCCAUCGCCACGGAGGUCAUACGCGCCGCAGGCCGCACCCUUGCCACUGGCCAAGGCAACGAUAAGCGCCUCCUUGACCAAGAAACAUGUGUCGGGGACGCGGCGCCGAGCCCCAAGAAGAAGAAGGCUCGACAGCCGACGACCAAGCAUCUCGACGGGUUCAAGUGGGAGGUGAUCGUGGUCGACAAUAAGCAAGUGAACGCCAUGUGCGCACCCGGUGGCAAGAUCAUAGUCUACACCGGUCUGCUCGACAAGUUCAACACCGACGCUGAGAUCGCCGCGGUGCUAGGGCACGAGGUUGCGCACGCCAUUGCAAGGCACGCUGCAGAGAAGCUCACCAAGCACAUGUGGAUUUUCAUGCUCACGGUUUUCCUGCUCAUCUUUAUCGAUUCGCCGGACCUUAUUGAUAAGCUGACCGAAUACCUCCUCAGCCUGCCUUUCUCACGAAAGAUGGAGAUAGAGGCGGAUCACAUUGGAAUCAUGCUGCUCGCUUCCGCUGGUUUUGAUCCACGCAUUGCUCCUAAGGUCUACGAGAAGCUCGGAAAGGUCGGUGGGAAUUCAUCACCGUUGAAAGAGUACAUGUCUACUCAUCCUUGCAGCAAGAAAAGAACGCAGCUUCUAUUGGAUGCCAAGGUCAUGGACAAGGCCAUGGCGUUAUAUACAGAAGCAAGAGCCAGAAAAGAUGAAAUUGAUCAAUGAUUAUUCGUCAUCUUUUUUAUCAACACACAUUCGAGACAUUUGCCUCCGUGCACCCCCUUUAAAAACUUGUAAAGGAUUUUUUUGUCCAAACAUUUAUAUUAUCUUAAAAUAAUAAUUGAGAUUAUAUGAGCA